AUGAACGAUGUCGUCGUCGUUGUUCCUCAUCGUUGUCGUCGUUGUCGUCGUCGUGAAUUGUAUAGUGAAGUAGUUACUAUUAAAUUGAUUGUUAAUAUAACAAUAAAAAUUACAAUUAUCAAAAUUACCUAACAAAGUACACUAUUGAAAAUGUCUCGAGUGGAAAUUAAUAUAAAUAGACUUCUCAAUCGAUGCGAAUUAUUAGCUAAAGAAGACUUUAAAAAUUGGAGAUUGGAGCAGUACAUUUAUGCCUUGGAAGAUUUCUUGAAUAAAUUACAAGCUUCAUCAGACAAACCAUGCAAAGAGAAAAUGAUGGAAUACACAAAAAGAAUUGAUUUUUUGAAAGGAUUGAUAGAUACAUCAAAAAUAUCCAAUUCUAUCGAAAGAGUUGUAGCUGCUCAGAUGCUACCCAAAACAUCAACACUUCUAAUUGAUUCCAAUGCUCAUAAUAUUGCAACUCAGAUCCAUCAGAAAACGACAGCUAAAUACCAUCAUGAAAUAAGAUCAGAAUUAUUUUCUAACAACUCAGAUAAUGGAGAAACAGCAGUUAGACAAAGGAUAUUGAAAAAUGGUCCUAUUGAGGAUCAAGAUGUAGACGCGUUAUUAAAAUACAAUAGAAACAUGCAGGAGAAAAUUGCUGAAAAUAUGCUUCUGAUGACGAAUAGUAUGAAAGAGCAUGCACUCACUGCUAGUGCUAUUAUCAAAAAAGAUAUGGCUGCUUUAGAAAAGUCUGAUAAGUUAACAGAAGCUAACACAACCAAAUUGAAAACUGAAUCAUUAAAACUUGAAGAACAUACGAAAUCUAACUGGAGAUGCUGGGUUUGGCUCAUGAUUGCAUUUGUCUUUACUGUAUUUUUUAGGAAAGUCAAGGUAGUACGGGCUUUAUAUAACUACACUGCUCAGCAUAGUACCGAGUUAUCAUUUAAUGAAGGUGACUUACUUUAUAUACAUGAUUGUCACACUGACUCCAAUUGGUGGAAAGCAACAUGUGGUGAUAGAAGUGGUCUAAUACCUUUCAAUUAUGUUGAAGAACAAACAGAAGAAAUGGAGUUUCCUCUUCAUGAAGCUGCUAGAAGAGGAAACCUUUCUUUUCUUCGAGAAUGUUUAAGACAAAAUGUAUCAGGAACAGGUCUAGACUCAGCAGGGAAUACUGCUCUUUAUUGGGCCGCACGUGGUGGUCACUUAGAUUGUGUAAAAGAAUUAUUAAUGACUGUACCCAUUAAUGUCAUUAAUGCUAAGAAUAAAAUUGGCGAUACUCCUUUACACAUUGCUGCUAGCCGUGGACACUUAGAGAUAGUAAGCAUAUUACUAGAUAACGGAGCAGACACUUCAUUGAAAAAUAAUGAAAACCUUUUAGCUGAAGACUUAGCUCAUAAAAUAUCAAUAAAAAAUUUAAUACAAUUAAACAAUAGGCAAUUCAAUGAUGACGAUAAAAGUUACGAAUAUAAAAGUAGCGAUUAUCAUGAUGAUAGUGAUUAAUAAGAAUUUAUAUAAUGUUAUUUUUAAUA